AUGUCGUUUAAUUCAACAUCUUCAUCAUAUCUACAAGAAAAUCUUAUUCAUUCAAUUUUAACAACAAUAAGUACAAAUUUAACUACAUUAUUAACACAAACAGCCUUUUCAAUAAGUGAUAUUUAUGAUCCUCGUAUAACACGACCAUUUGCUUUAAUUUGUUUGUUUAUUGGUAGUAUUGGUAAUUCAAUAUCAUUUAUUGUAUUUACACAAAAACAAUUACGUAGACAUUCAACAUUUCGAUAUUUAGCUUAUUUAUCAAUUGUUGAUUUAAUUGUACUUUAUUUAGGUUUAGGAAAUAUCAUAUUACGUGAUUAUUUUCUAUUUGAUAUAAGAGAACAAAAUUUAUUUCUUUGUAAAUUUCAUACAUUUUUAACUUAUGUUACAACACAUUUAUCAUCAUGGAUAUUAACAAUUGUUUCAAUUGAUCGUGCUAUUGCAUGUACAAUUGUUCAAUUAGAUAAACGUUUUUCUCGUCCUAAAUCAGCCGAUCGUAUAUUUUUAGCUAUGUGUAUAACUAUUUCAUUAAUAAAUAGUCAUAUUUUAUUAUUUAUGGGUUCAAAACAACAAAUAAUUAUUUCAUCUAUUAAUAAUAUAUCAUUAUAUAAAGAUAUAAUUAUUUGUACACAUAAUACAUCAGAAAUUUAUUUUCAAUUUUUUGAAAAACCUUAUAGUAUAAUUGAUCUUUUUUCUUAUGUACUUAUUCCAUUUGUUAUAAUGACUAUAUGUGCUGGAAUUAUUGCUUAUCGUCUAUUUUUUUCAUUAAGUAAUACAACAAUGAAUAAAAGAAUUAAAGGCAAAACAAGUAAAGGAACACGUCGUGCAAAACAAAUUUCUUAUAUGUUAUUUAUAUUAAAUCUUGUUUUUAUUAUAUUACUUGCACCAAUUGUUAUUGGACAGUUAUUUCAAGAUCUCAAUCAAGAACAUCAUUAUCGUUUAUUUAAUUCUAUAACAUUAUUAUUGUCAUAUUCAAAUCAUGCAUUAAAUUUUGUUCUUUAUGGUGUCGCAUCACCACAAUUUCGUUUAACAUUAAAGCAAUUAUUAGGCAUUUCAAAUAAUUAUAUAACACGGAGACGUGCACAGACAGUUGGUUUCUUUACUUCAACGGGUGUCUAA